AUUCGUUAUCUGCAAUAACAAUGAUUUACACCUCAGGACUACGCUUGGCGGAACAAAAAUGCCAGGAGUAUCGGAGUACGAUUGCUUCCUUUACGUCUAAGAUGACCGGUAGGACGAAUAACUACGAGACACCACCGAACGGAAUACCAGCAACGGAAGGAGAAUUCCCCCAUCAGGUGCGCGUCGGACAAUGGUUCUACGAGGACGAAGAUACGGAACACAUUUUCCGUUGCGGUGGUGCCCUCAUUAGUGAUCGUUACGUUCUCGUUUCGGGUCACUGCUUCUGGACGAUGGGUGAUGAAAUGGCGUCACUUGGUCGACACGACUACACGCGUAACUCUACCCUACUGGAGGUGUUGCUCAAGCGAGAUGAUCUGAUUUUGCAUCCCGCCAUUGAUGAGACGGUGAAGGCAUCGUAUCGUGCCACUUCCAUGUAGAUGCCGAGCGAUUUACCAAAGGCACAGGCGCCACCAAGCAACGUGAUGCCAACUAUAUGGUACGUGCAGGUUGUCUCAUUGGUCACCAGCUGCAACGGACCUCCGGAAUCUCCUUGGCAAGUGUCCUUGUUCGGUUUAACACUGCCGAUACAUAGCUGACCCGGUCGUAACCCACGACGAAGCCGCGGAAAGUUGCGA